CGGAGCGCUCGCAGCAACAGUUUUUUAAACAGCCUGUUGUCCUGCAGGCAGCGCGCGCACACACACACACACACACACAGCGCCCCUUUCACAAACCCCUUGACAAAAUGUUUUUCUGCCUCAGACGCAACCUUUGCCUCGACUGAACCCGCCAUGUAGCCUUCGCGCGCGCUGAUCGGAGCUCUGGGGGAUAUUUCACUGGAUCUUGCGGUGCGUGAGCGGGAGCAGCAGAGCUCGCGGUUUCCUGGUCUGGUGUGCGGUAUACGGUGACCGUCGGGCCACCAUGCUCCGGCCGUGGGCUGCACACUGGAUCACAGCUGUGCUCCUGUGCGGGGCGGUGGCACAGUACUCCAGCGACCAGUGUAGCUGGCGAGGAAGUGGUUUGAGCCACGAGUCUCAUCGCAGAGAUGUGGAGCAAGUCUACCUACGCUGCUCUCAGGGGUCUCUGGAGUGGCUCUACCCCACAGGGGCCAUCAUUGUCAAUCUGCGGCCAAACACAGAGCCCUCGUCAGGGCUCAUGGCAGGUCUCCAUGUGUGCAUCAAACCCCAAACCUACUCCCUGGGUUCUCAUGUGUACCUGGAGCGUGCAGGGGAUCUGACGCUGCUGCUGGCAGAGAAGGACCACGUUCAGGGCUCAGUGCACUGUUUCAGCCUGGCAGAGGGAGCUCUCUUUGUGGAGGCUGUCCCUCAGACAGACAUCAGCCGGAGGAUCACAGCUUUCCAAUAUGAGCUGGUGCCCAGUCAGGGGCCCGGGGCCCAAAUGUACCCAUACCUGCACACUGGUUUAGCCACCUGUAAACCCUGUUCAGAUGAAGAGGUCCUUAUGGCUGUGUGUACCAGUGACUUUGCUGGUAGGGGUGUCUUUCGAGGUGUGGCAUCAGGUACUGACGACCACUCCCCUGUUAUGGUGACUCUGAGUCGGCUGUUCCACCAGAAGAGCAGGCUGUUUGCUUGGAGUGGAGCCAGAGGGCGGCGUUGGAGUGGACUUAUCAAUGUUCCUACACAGUGUGGUGUGCACCCUGGAGGGGAUGAGUACCUUUUGACUGGCUCUGUCCAUUUUGGUGAAGCCUGGCUUGGCUGCGCACCUCGCUACAAGGACUUUCUUAAGCUGUACAUCACAGCACAGAAAGCGGGAACAAACCCCUGUCAGAUAGACUGAGAGAUUAUCUUCGUGGUUCUGGGUAAAACAGGGUGGAGUGCAUCUCAAAAAAGUCAGUGAGAGAGACGCAAAGAGGAACAGAGAGAUAAGCAGAGUUAUGGACCCUUGGCCAUCAUUAAAGGCUUUGCAACUUAUUGUUGCCUUGCAGCAGAAAAGACUUGCAGCAAAAAAAGAAGUUUGAACAUUUUAGUAUCCAAUGUGCUGCCUAAACUAAAUUGUCGCCGUUUGACUGUACUUGUGUACCGUCUGUGUAAAUGUGUUUGUGCAUGAUUGAGACAGCGAAUGAAAGGAGGAUGAGCUUAAAUUAAUUUUGUGCCUUACUGGUUAAAGUUUUAAAAUCUCAUGACGAUACCGCUUGUGUGAUCAUUCUUGAAAUGAAAGUUUGCUUUGUAAAAAGCUUUCUGUAAAAUUUAGGAGUCUUCUGUGAGAAGUGUACAGUAUGCAGCUCUGUGAGUCUUUAUGUUCUAAGUGUGUGUGUGUUUUGCUAAUGAGUUCAAAAGGUCUAUAUAUUUACAGAAAAUAAAAAGGCAUCCUUCA